AUGGCGGCGCAUGCGAGACGCCUGGCGACGUCGCGCGACGACCCUUCGGCCAGCUCGACGUCAGGUCGGUCGCAGUUCGACCUCUCGUCGGGGGCGGCCACCACCGUGGUUUUCCUCUCCAUCUUGCUCUGCUUCAUCCUGCUCUGCACCUACUGCCGCUGCGCCCGGCAACGUGCCAUGUCGGGCGCGCGCGGCGGCCGUGCCACGCGCUAUGGCUUCCCGAGCAUCCUCCUUCGCCCCGCCGAUGGCACGGCGCUCCCCGUGGUGCGCUACGCCGGCGCCAAGAAAGGGCAGCAGCCCGACAGCGAGGGAGAUUGCCCCGUCUGCCUCGAGGCCUUCGGCGACGACGACGGCGUCAAGGUCGUCCCGGCGUGCGGCCACGUCUUCCACGGCCCGUGCAUCGACCGGUGGCUCGACGAGCGCAACUCCUGCCCGGUCUGCCGGUGCGCCGUGGUCUGCUACUACGCCGGUCGCGCAGGCCACAACGUCGGCGUCGACGACGACGGCGACGACCAGGAGGUCGUCCUGGAGCGCGUGGUUGCCAUGAUUGAAGCAAUAAGAGAAGAGGAGGCCGCGGCGAGGCGCAUGCCGGCGACUGAGAGGGCCGGUGGAUGAUGAUGCGUCCAUGUCUGCUUGAACAGAUGCAGCUGACCUAACUGGCAGAAUUCGGGACGGCCCCUGCGUGUUUCAGUUCAGUUCACAAGCCAUGUAUCAAGUUUCAAACAAGAGGAGCAUGCCCUUUCCUUUGAAGAUAGGAUUCUAUCAACUGAUCUAAACUUGCAAUGAAGCUAGUGCGAAGGACAUUCGAAAGACUGCCUGCUUAAUGCAAUGUAUUGAUCUGGAAAGUACCGGAUCCAACCCAAGAUUUUUCCAGGCUACAUUCCAUGGGCAUCAUCACAGGUGGACUGAACCGACCGUUCUCUUCAAUGGUGACCUGAUUGAUAACAGUUUCAGAUUGCCAAAUAAUCCCAUUUCUUUCCUUGCUACUGGAGAGCUAUUGUGGCCAUUGCCCGCUAAUUUGUUGAUGUUGUCAUAUGCAUUCAAAGAAGCAAUCUAGCAUUGCUAUGUUUGAUAGAAUACUAUC